AGGGGUGAGGAUACAGGACAUACAGGAUAUACAGGAUACAGGAUAUAGGAGACUUCAAACCAUGUGAUUUCAAAAUUUAUGUCAACCUUUAAACUGAGAGUGUAAAUUGCAGGUUUUCAACUCACCUCUGAUGAGAAUGGAUAGAAGCGAGGGUUCGCUAGUUAUUACUCCAACAUCAGAUAGUUUAGAGCAGAACCUGAUCCCUGAACCACCAGGUCCAGAUAUCAGGGAUUCUCCAACCCUUCUCCAGACUCAUUCUCCAGUAGGAGCAGUAGCUCCUUCCCCCUCCAGAUACUUUAGAUCUAGACGAACCUCUGAUUCUGGUUUUGAAUCUGCUGCUAAGACUGUUGUACUCUUCCCUGGUUCAGGUAGUAUUGCUGCUGCUACUCUGGGAGCUCUAGGUAGUGUAGCAGCAGUUGCUACUGGUAGUGUAGCUCUUCUAGGAGCUGGAGCUGCAGUUUGUGCAUUCAAGUUCUCACCAGGACUAAAUAAGGAACGAUCAGCAGCCUCUCGAGAAGAGAGAGCACGCUACCUGGAAGAGGCCAAUAGGGUGUCAGAAGAGAAGAGAAGAAUGGCGAAGGAAAAUGAGAUAAAGAGAAGAGAAGGAGAAGAGGAAACUUUGGCUGCUGUUCUUUCAGCUCGGGGAAACUUUAGAUAAUCAAGGGGAGUUGUUUCAUGGACGCUGUAAAGAAGCUAAUCUUGAUUUUGCAGUCAACAAUCUUUCACCAUCUUAGAUAUGUUAACUAUGUGGAAUCUGAAAUUCAUUUAUACACGAGGCUAGCCUGAUCUGAUCAGCUUACUAAAUAAUUGAGUGCAAAUCCACCUAUUAGGAGCCUUAAUAAAAUAAACCAAAUCAGAGUCGAGAUUACAAAUGAUUAAUCACCCAGUCGGAACAUUCGGUGCAAACUGUUUACAAAUCAUUAUCAUCAAGCAAUUAAUUGCAAUCAAAUCAGUAUCUAUUAUUUUACAUAUAACAAUACAAUGUCGUAGAUUUCAA